ACGUGUUGAACACUUAACAAACACUCCACAACUCGAUGAAAAGUUAAUUAAUGUAUCUGCUUAAGGACCGGCGACUAUCUAAAUCAAAUCGACAGUGUUUGUCGUUCAUUACACUUCCUCGACAUGCAAACGAGGUUCAUUAGCAGCUCGCCUCGUACAACAUGAAUCAGUGGGGCCUGCUGACCCCUGACCCCGCACUGGACAUGGUUUACCCCAGUGACACGUCGGAUACCAACAACGAGGAGCUGGCGCUCGAGAGCAAUGUUGCACAUGGCAAUAUCCACGGCCAUGGCAAUGGGAACUCGUCUGGGACAACGGCCACUGUCAACGGGGACAACAAACUCAAUCAGCGCCAAUACGAGCCAAACGAGAGCUUCAUUAUCACCAAAAACGUGGUGGUGAUAGGCCUGGCCUUCAUGAUUCACUUCACGGCCUUCCACGGCACAUCGAAUCUGCAGAGCUCGGUCAACGCGGACAAAGCCCUCGGAACCACCACUCUGGCAGUCAUCUAUGGCUCGCUGAUACUGUCCAACAUAUUCCUGCCGAUGACCGUGAUUAGUUGGUUCGGCUGCCGAUUGACCAUGGCGUUGGCCCUGUUCGCCUACAUGCCCUACAUAGCCGCCCAGUUCUUCCCGAGGUUCGAGACCCUCAUUCCGGCCGCCCUGAUGGUGGGCUUCGGCGGCGGCCCGCUGUGGUGCUCCAAGUGCACCUACCUCUCCACCGUCUCGGAGGCACUCACCCAGGUGCGGGGCAACAAGUCGCGCAAGGAUGUGAACACCGUCCGGUUCUUCGGACUCUUCUUCAUCUUCUACCAGAUGGCCCAGGUGUGGGGCAACCUGAUCUCCUCCUCGGUUCUGACCCUGAGUGCUCCGGUCACGCAAUCGCCGGCCAAUGAGAGCUCGGCCCUGGAACUGCAGCGGGAGCUGGAGAGGAGCAGGGUGGCCGAGCUGUGCGGUGCUCGCUUCUGCCCAGGCGUUGGCGCCGAGGCCAAUCCCAACCUGGUGCCCCCAGCUCCCGAGCAAAUCCAGCUGCUCAACUCCAUCUUCCUCGCCUGCAUGGCAGCCGCCGUGGUCAUGAUGGUGUUCGGCGUCAGCUCCCUCAAGCGCUAUGGGGUCAAACGCGGCGAUACUGGCGAUGGAAUGUCCGGCUUGAAGCUCCUCACGGUGACCAUCAACCUUCUGCGCAAGCGCCGCCAGAUCCUGAUGCUGCCCAUCACGAUGUUCAUCGGUCUGGAGGAGGCCUUUCUGGCCGUGGACUUCACCCGUUCGUUUGUGGCCUGCGGAUGGGGAAUCUCGCGGAUUGGGUUCGCCAUGAUCUGCUUUGGAGUGGCGAAUGCGGUGGCCGCCGGGAUCGCAGGUGCGCUGGUGGAGCGCAUCGGGCGAGUCACACUGGCCGGACUGUGUGCGGUGCUCAAUCUUUGCCUGCUCACCUACAUGUACAGCUGGGAGGCCCGCGAGGGUGACUACCUCAGCUACUGCGCCUUUGCGGCCAUUUGGGGCAUCUGCGAUGGAGUCUGGCUGGUGGUGGUCAAUGCUUUUUAUGGCAUUCUGUUUCCGAACCACCUGAUUGCCGCUUAUAGCAACUUUCGGCUGUGGGAAAGCACUGGUUCCGUAAUCGGCUACGUCAUCAGUUCGCAGCUUUGCACCUCCACCAAAUUGGUGAUUUUAACGGUCGUCAUGUUGGUGGGCUGUGUUGGGUAUGGCCUCAUCGAGUACCGCGUUUGGCAGAAGCAAAAGAACUUGGAGGUCAUGCUAAGUGACUGAAUCUGUUAAUCACAGCCAAUUCAUUUUCUUGCCAUUUACAUUUUCGACUCUGUUUCCAAAAGCCAUUUAAUCCGAUUGGAGACUAAUUUCUACUACACUCAAGAACUUAAAAAACUCCUAAGGUAAAGCAUUUACCUUCAAAAUCAAUUCACUAAUCUAAGGCCAUUUUAAGAAACAGAUGUCUUUUGUGAUAUAGUCAAAUAGUUGUAAGGUACGAUUGUGUUAAGAAACAUUCGUUUCUAAAUAAAACCAAGUUUGUUUUAAUUUUUUAAA